AUGCCUGCAACCCGUAAACACCUUCACAUUUCAAAACCACGUCGUCGUCAAAGGUCCGUAAGCCUUACAACUCGGGCUUCACGGUGCGGUGUAAAGAAUUACGUUAAUGUCUUAAAAAGUGUUCACCCCACUGUUGAGUUAUUUUUCCCUGUAACAAAACAGUAUUUACAAGAAUAUAUUGAUGCUAAGAAAAAGCAAGGAACUAUAAAAGCAAACUCCCUUGACCAAUAUUUUCAGCACAUUGAAAGUUAUAAUAUGGCGCUAGGCCACGGUUGGGAUUCCCAAGAAUUCGAACCCAUGAUGCGAGAAGUAUUGGAAGAUUUGGUUCAGAAUGAAGAAAAAUGUAACGGAACACGUAAAAAUACAUCAACCCCUGAAGAUGAAGAUGAAUUAAGUCAUGAAGACUCAAAUGAUAAACAGAGAAUAAAAUGA